AUGAUCCUCACUUUUAAACGCAUUAUCUCUUCUCGCAGGACGAUCACAUAUUUCAUCGCUGCAGGUCUCUUCUCAUGGCUCUAUGUCCUAGUUCGCAUCACCUUCUUCACUAGAUCACCUUAUGAUCUGGAUUCGGACCUGGAGAGACGCUUAGCAGGAUCACGGACCGCCCACAAAUCCAGUCGAGGGAUUAACAAAAAUCCAACACGCCAUACUCCCAUCCUUUUAAAGCCACUCCCACCCAUUGCACCUCACCUCCGAUGGCCACCCAAUAUUGAUGAAAUGCUUUGUAGACCCAAGAUUUAUGUCUAUCCUGAUCCGCCAGCCAUUCAAGAAGUCUACAAAAGAGUACCUCCAGUUCACACUCCUUAUAUUGCAGAACAUAUCUUGUUAGAACAAUUAAGAGACCCCUCCUCAGGUGCUUACAAGAGUUAUGUGACCUCUAACCCUGAAGAAGCCGAUUUCUUUUAUAUCCCUUUUUUGGGAGCUCGAUAUCUGAAUCAUUGUUGGUUUAUUCUCGGGGAAAAGGGUGAUUGUGAUGUAGAUGGACAAUACGUGCUACCUAUGAUGCGCUACAUCCAACAGGAACUACCUUACUGGAACAGGACUUGGGGUCAGGAUCAUCUAAUGGUACAUCCAAUGGACCGAACGUCUCUUUACUAUCAACAAAAGGAUAUCAUGCAGAACGCCACCUUCUUGACUACUAGUGGAGAUCUGAGACCCCUGGCACCUUCUGUGGUCGGAUCCCGACGAUAUAAAAAUAUUGUAAUCCCAUCUGCUACAACUAUCCUGAACCUAGUGAAGAUUGACCCAUUACAGUAUCUGACCAGCAGUGGUCAUCCAAAACACAAACGACGAGAUAUCUUUGUGCUCUUUAGCGGUCGAUAUAAAGAUGUUCAGCCCGAUGACGUCUACUCUGCAGGCAUUCGAUCUCUCUUACUCAAUGGAUUUGAUCGUCAAGCAGAUUACGUGAUUGCUUCAGGAUGGGGACCAGAGAAAUAUGCUAAAUUGCUUUCAAGAGCUCGUUAUGGCCUGGUCCCUAUGGGGCAUACGCUGGGCACAACCCGACUCUGGGAGUGUAUCGCUUUCGGUGUGGUUCCUGUGAUCAUUGCAGACGGAAUUGUGGAACCUUUUGAGGAUGAUAUUGACUGGGCUAGCUUCAGUAUCAAAAUCAGACGUGAUGAUGCUCAUCGCUUGGACAAGAUCUUGCGUGCCAUUCCUGAAGAACAAUACCAGAAAAUGCAGAAAAGGGUCUGGGAGUAUGGACGUAGAGUCUUGUUGACUAGAGACUCUUGGCACUUGAUUGUACGAGAUCUUUGCAGGAGAAGACAUCUGGAAGGGAAAAGGACAAUCGAUCGUGAUAAUCAUGUUGACUUGACGAAUUCUUUCAUGAUUAUCCAAUCAUAA